AUGAACAACCUGGGUAUGCUCGCCAGCCCCGAGAGGGUCCAGGGAGUCUUUCGGGAGCUGUGUCGCACUCUCCAGAUCCACGACAAGCAAGACAAGGACAAGCUGAAAUCCCUCAUUGGAGAAGAUGGCGAAUUACGCCAGCAGUGGGUAAAGCUGCUCACCAUGCGCUUUGAAGGGCCCUUACGACACUUGACCAAGGACGAGGUUUACCUUGCUGGGGGUCUUAAACUUGUCCCCUCUGCCGAAAUUCAGCUUGUCCAAGAGGGACUUGAGGACAUCGCCGCUCGAACAGCGAGAGAAGAUGAAGUCGAACAGGCUCUAGAGGACAUGAGAAAGUACAGCAGUCUGGUCAAGAGCAUGGCAGCCACCUUCCGCGCCCACACCGCAGUGCUCGACAACAAUCUUCCAAUGCCUCGCAGUAUAACCUCCAGCAUUGAGCAGAAGAUGGCGGCACUCAUUCUGAGGAAGGAGCUGUUGGGUCAACAGGUGUCUGCCAUCAGGGACCAAGCCAUUACCACCACGGACCUUGGAGAGCGACUUGUCACCAUUGAAGCCGUUAUCCUGAAGAACAACCAAGCAUUCCAAACGGCUCAAUACAAGGUCGCUGACCAGAAUCCCGAUGCGACAUUCUCUUUCCACGAUCACAUUAUCGCAAAGAUGAAGGAUCUGCACCACGAGCUGGAUUAUGAUGACGACGAGAAGAACUCCGUGGCCAAUGAUGCCCGGACUUUCGCAAGCCAGAUCAUCAUGACACUCACCGAACAAGCAAAGUCCCUCCUCGACAUUAUGUCCAUUGAGGCUUCGCAAAGCUAUGACAAUAACCGUGACCACAAGUCCGAGUAUAGUGAGGCGAUCUUGCAAGAACAUAGAGAGAUUUGGGGGGAAGUCACGUCCCUUUGGGAUGAGGUCAUUCCUGUCGCUCAUAUGGCUGUUGAAAGCCAAUUCCUCAACCCACUCUUACGCAGACUCUCGAUGGCAAUUGAGAGCCAGGAUGUCCGGAACGCAACGAUCACAGCCUACACAUCGGGCGUCCUGCGGUAUAUGAACAGCCGGUUGAUGUCCCUUGCUAAGCGGCUUCAAGUUCUUGCAUAUCACCAUGCAGGCUUACAGAACACCUACUUCUAUACCAAUGCCCAAAACAAGAAUCACCCAACCUGGAGCAUUCGUCAUACCAACAGCCACAUCCUUAACAUCCCGACCGAGAGUGGUAAGAAGAAAGGGACUCUUACUGAACUCAUGGAGCAUUACAUGAAGGUCUAUGCCUCGAUCCCAGUCGAUGUCACGGCUUCCGAUGAAUUAUUGGGGGCCACACGACAUUCCGCUCUGGAGAACUACAUAAGACAACGAGCACGUCACGGUGACAAACUUUUCGAAGAUCUGCACCAUCUGUUCGAAACCGCCGUCAAAGCCGCCCUUGUAGACAGCGAGCUGGGCGGAGAGCUUCUAUACAAUGCCCUGACGUCGGACAGCGAGGUUGGACUUGCUCUCCAUGGUGGCGUACACAAGGAUAUGCAACUGGAGGGCUCGGUGGCAGUCCUCAAGAAGCACAUUGAGCAGACCAGACAGGUUUUCGAAACUCUUCGACUGGACGGGCCGGCUGCUGCCCCGGAGUUCGUUGUCUAUGCCUACAAGAAGGCAAGUGACGUCCUCGCCUAUAAGAACGGCAAGGGCUGCUUCAAGCACGGCUCCGAGAACCAGGUCACCUGCCCCACGUGCACCCAGUGCCAGCACUUCACUGCCCUUGUCCGCAAGUGGGGUGAUCACUCCAACUAG